AUGCCUACCCAGACUAGCCUUCUACGAACUCGGCUUGUCGUCGACAGGCACAGAAUUAGACCCGCGAUUGCCUGUUAUCUCCCCCUACCCAUUCUCCAACUUACCAACCCCUCAGUCACAGAUAUAUUCCGCCAAGAACAGCCGCAAAACUCUUUUGGUCCUCCUAAUUUCAGCCAAUCAGGCCACCUGCACUCAGUGGUUGUCCUUAGUUUACUCUCCCCCCAUCAGUCAUAA